AUGGAUGCCCCUCACAAGACCGAAAAGAAUCCCAAGUUCGGCUACUUGCCGCUCUCGACAUCUGGGCCUCUGAACUGUGCCUUGACGGGUGCGGCUCUGCUCAAAUCGCCAUACUUCAACAAAGGCUCGGCAUUCCCCCCUGACGAGAGGAAGGAAUUCAAGCUGUACGGUCUCCUGCCUCAGAAUGUCCAAACCCUCGAGCAGCAGGUCGCGCGUGCUUAUGAGCAAUAUUCGAGCCGUCCAUCCGAUAUUGCCAAAAACACCUUCAUGACCAGUAUGAAAGAGCAGAGUGAAGUGCUGUACUACAGGCUUCUCCAUGACAAUCUAAAAGAGAUGUUCUCGGUGAUCUAUACGCCUACAGAAGGCGAGGCGAUUGAGAACUACUCGAGGCUGUUUCGCCGACCGCAAGGCUGCUUUCUGAACAUCGACGACCAAGAUCGGAUUGAUGAUAACAUCAAGCAGUGGGGCGAUCCGGACGACAUCGAUGUCGUGGUUGUCAGUGAUGGAGAGCAGAUUCUGGGGGUCGGCGACCAGGGCUCCGGAGCCAUUCUGAUAUCCAUCGCGAAACUUGUCCUAUACACACUCUGUGCUGGCAUCCACCCGUCCCGAACAUUGCCGGUAGUAUUGGACUGCGGCACGGAUAACAAGACGCUUCUAGAGGAUGACUUAUACCUCGGUUUGCGGAAGUCUCGAAUUCGGGGGGAGAGAUAUGACUCGUUCGUGGACCAGUUUGUGCAAGCGGUUCGAAACCGAUAUCCAAAGGCAUAUAUCCACUUCGAAGACUUCGGUCUUGCGAACGCGCGGAGAAUCUUGGACAAGUACCAGCCUCGGAUUGCGUGUUUCAACGACGAUGUUCAAGGCACAGGAUGCGUCACGUUAGCCGCAAUCAUGGCCGCAGCACAUGUCAGCGACAUAAAGUUGGCCGAUCUUCGAAUAAUGAUAUUUGGGGCUGGAAGUGCUGGAAUGGGAAUCUCGGACCAACUCCGGGAUGUAAUUGCCCAAGAAGGCUCCAUUUCUCGUGAAGAGGCAUCGCAACACAUCUGGUGUGUCGAUAAGCCCGGACUUCUGCUCACAUCCGAUAAAAAGCAUCUCACAGAGGCGCAACUGACAUAUGCACGGGACGACAAGGAAUGGGAAAACAAGGAGAGGAAAGACCUCGCAUCCUUGGUCGACGAGGUGAAGCCGCAUGUGUUAAUUGGAACCUCAACGAACCCCAGGGCGUUCACCGAGAAAGUCAUUCGGACAAUGGCGAAGCAUGUGGAACGGCCCAUCAUUUUCCCGCUUAGCAACCCGACGAAACUUCACGAAGCACGGCCAGAGGAUCUCUAUAAAUGGACGGAUGGGAAAGCCCUCGUCGCCACAGGCAGCCCAUUCCCGCCAGUGGAGUAUGAUGGGGAGAAGUUGGAAAUCGCGGAAUGUAACAAUUCCACGGUAUUCCCAGGAAUCGGACUCGGUGCCGUGUUGUGCCGGACGAAACUGAUGCCGCCGUCUUUACUUGUUGCAGCAACCAAGGCAUUGGCAGCACAAGCGCCGGCUUUAAAGAACCCCAAAGCUGCCCUAUUGCCUGAUGUCACAGAUGUUAGGGAGAUCAGUGUCCAAAUCGCAAGAGCAGUCAUCAAAGCGGCUGUUAAGGAGGGGCUGGCCCAAGUGGAGAACAUUCCGGAGAGCGAUGACGAGCUUGAAGAGUGGAUUCGUGAGCAGAUGUGGGAUGCGCGUUAUCGUUCGUUGAAGUUCGUUGAUCCUAAUGAAGCGGAUUCAAGAGCCAGAGGGGAGUUAGGUAUUGCAGCAUCCGGCCGCUUAGCCAAAUAGAACGGCGUCUCGCCCUAUCCAAAAGUCAGAAAGGUCUCAGACUUGUCCCAAGGAAGAGAAAGGAAGCAAGAUAACAAAUUGUUACUAAGCAAAGUGGGAGGAAGUUUGUUGAAAAUGUAGGACUCUUGGAGGCUCAAACUUCUAGAUCAGUGAUGACCGGAAAGCUUGCGCACUAUGACCGUCCGUUGUCCAAUCUUGCAACAAGAGAUAAACUAAUAUCUGCACCAUGACUGCCACCAGCAACGUCCAAAGCACAAGACGUACCUGGAGCGCGCUGUUCUGUGAGGAAGCUUGAUUUAGGCAAGCGGCAGUAUACAGGAUGUUGCGGUUCGUUGCAUCGACAAAAGCGCACUCAAGCGGAAAAGGAUGAUACGUACAUGCUAGCUCAUGAAUUAAAUCAUCUGCAGUAAUAUGGGCCAUAUUGUAUUGGCCACGCACGCCAGGUGGCAGCGCUCAACUCCAGGCUGACAUAUUCUGG